GCACGAGUGUGGGUGUCUGGGUACGUGUGGGCACUGAGUGUGCGUGGGGCCCACCAGCAGGGCUCAAGGUGGAGAGGGGCAUGCCAGGGCUUCACAGUCAUCCCGCUGCCUGAGAACCCUUGUGUGUUACACAGUCAAAAAUCUCAAUGGAGUGACAGAGAAUUGGGUCCCUGAGAAGGUGAGGAAGAAGGUGAUUGGAAACAGAUGAGGAAAAGCAUUUCCAACAAAGUAGGAAACAUUUGGCACUGCCACAAACAUUUCUAAUGACGAACUCUGCCAGUGACAUUUCCCAUUUCUCACAAGCAUUCUGAGACAGGGGCGGGAUUAGCCCCCACAGGCAGGUUUUCUGGAAGACUGCAGAUGGCAGUAAAAUACCCAUAGAAUGGCAGGGAAAAAGGGACCCCAAAAUGGAGAUGUCAGGGAGAGCAAUGCAGGUCGUGGUUCUGGCAGCCUUGCUCUCUCCUGCUCUCUAGCUCGCACCCGCAUCUUUUCCUGGCUUGCCUCCGGGGUCCCCCAGCUCUUCGGAGGCGCCGCCUCCCCCAGGGUCCCACUCCGCAGUGCCUCCAGAGGGCGCGCGCGCUCCUCGUCGCCGCGCACCGCUGUGGGUUGGAGGCGCCUCGUCGGUAACGCGGUUUCAGGCCAGCGCUCGGGUCCCUCCACCGACCCCAAUCCGCUCUCUCGGGCGGGGCAGGCCGGGCCGGGCCAAGAGGAGCUGAAUGAGCCGGCCGGUGCUGUGUGCCCCCUGCACCCGCAGGAGCUCUCGCUCCAAGCACUGCAGCGCCUGCAACAAGUGCGUGUGCGGCUUCGACCAUCACUGCAAGUGGCUCAACAACUGCGUGGGCGAGAGGAACUACCGCUGCGCACCAACCAACACUUUGAAGUCCUGAAGAAUCACACAGAUAUGUGGUUUGUGUUCCUGCCUGCUGCCCCCGUGGAGACCCAGGCACCUGCCAUCCUGGCCCUGGCUGCCCUCCUCAUCCUUCUGGGCCUGCUCUCCACAGCCCUGCUCGGCCACCUGCUCUGCUUCCACAUUUACCUCAUGUGGCACAAGCUCACCACCUAUGAGUACAUCGUGCAGCACCGCCCACCACAGGAGGCAAAGGGGGCCCACAGGGAGCUCGAGUCGUGUCCCCCCAAGAUGCGGCCCAUACAGGAGAUGGAGUUCUACAUGCGGACCUUCAGCCAUGUGCGCCCAGAGCCCCCUGACCAGGCGAGACCACCGGCAGUGAAUGCCAAUCCCUCUCGGUUUCUUGCCACCAGUGGCCAAGGGGAGCCUCCACCACCCUCCUCCCCAGACACUCUCGCCCUGCCUUUCCAGAUCCGACCCCAGAAAAAGAGGAAGCGGCGCGUGUAUAAGGUGCCAACGUCUGGGACCUUGGACCGGGCGUCCUCGCUGUCCAAGCUGCGGGGGCCCCGGGCCCCCGGCAGCUGCUCCAGCUCCUCGACGGAUUCCGUGGGCACCAGCCCCAUGCACGCCGCUGGCGCAUCAGGUGCCUACCAGUCGGCGUCUGCCGAGUCCAUGGACGAGAUUCCAGUGGCGCAGAAGCGCCUGGGCAGCGCCGCUCUGGCCGCCCCGGGGGUUAGGGACCGAGAGCCCGGGCUGGCGCCGCAGACGCGUGCGCCCGCCGUUUUCGUGAGCCGGAGCAGCGGCGAGCCCGGGGCGCUGGGCGGCUGGGAGGCCGGCCUGGCUUAGCUGGGCCCAGAGGCAGAAGGGCCGAGGAAGAGCGGCCGGCCCGACUCUCUAUGCAACACCCCACUCUUGCGGCACCGAGUGCACUUUAGGGGCCCCUACGGCCGGCGGGAUCGGCCUCCCUCCCCUACGUCUCAGCAAUACCCACCCUACCGGCCAUGAUGCUCCAAUAAACUUUUUUUAUGCUUUUGCGGA